UAAACAAGAUUUUGUCUCUUAACAGGCCUGAUGUCCAGAAGACGGAGAUGCAGGCUGAUCUGAUCGUAGGCUGUGAUGGAGCUUUCUCUGAUGUCAGGAAGCAUUUCCUUUGGCAAAGUCGUUUCAAUUACAGCCAGACAUUCCCUACGGGUACAUGGAGCUCACCGUGCCCCCUAAAGACGGAGAUUUUGCUGUGGAGCCCAAUUACUUGCACAUUUGGCCCAGGAACACUUUCAUGAUGAUUGCCCUGCUCAACUUGGUAAAGAUGUUCACAUGCACACUCUUCAUGCCCUUUGAAGAAUUUGAGAAGAUUCGCUCCGGUGAUGAGGUCAUCUGUUUCUUCCAGAAAUACUUUCCUGACUCUGCACCUCUAAUAGGAGUGUCACAUUUACCAGAACACAGUACCAUGAAGCGGUGAAGCAAUGGCAUUGGCAAAAUUAGACAAAAAUUUGGUGUUUGAAAGUGCUUGAGAGCAACGUUUGUCUGACAAAUGACCUGUGCCAGUUUAAAAUCAUGAACCGUGAGAGGAUAAAAAACAAAGUGUUUAAAAACAGCUAUCAACAAAAUUAUUUCACUCGAAGACUCAUUAGCAUUAUGGUUAUAAUAGCACAUUUCAAACUGAUGGUAGAAAAAUAAGAUUCUGUGUUUUCAGUUGAAUUUUUUAUUAAAUUAGAAACUUCAGAAUGUCCUGU